GCUCUUUCGAGAGCGCAGCCCACAUUGCGCCUCCUUCUCCUUCUCGGGUAGGACCGUCGGAAUGAGAUCUGUGUAGGUUACGCCGCGGAGCUUAGAUGACCUCAAUAUUUUGAACUGUGUUGCUUUUUUGGAUUGUGAACUGGGACCUGUUUGGACGAGCGUGUGCGCGCACUCUCGCAUACCCCGCACAAGCAAGCACGCACACAAACACAAACAAACAACACCGAACGUCCGCUGUUCCUGUUAAAGCGAGCAGAACAGACAGGUCUCGCUGUGGAAACACUGGCUCCUGGAGAGGCACAGUUACGGAGUCAACGUGAAAACAAUUUGUGUAUGAAAAACAAAUAUCCAUAUAAAGGGGACAUAACCAAUACCUGUGGACCUCGGAUAUGGCGGGUGUGAAGACAUUCGACCUUAUUGUUGGAGUUGUUUUAGUUUUACACUGUCUUGGAAAUGCGCUUCAAACGACUCGAGGGGAGAUAACAACAAGCGGGGUCUCCUAUGACUAUGUGCAGGGGCUGUCGCUGGCGGACAAGGAUGUGGCAGUGGACGUGAAGCUUUACAGCCACAGGUGGCGGAGGUGGCUAUCCCCAGAACCGCGCAACAUGGACAGUAACAGGGCCAGCCAGGACCAGGACCCAGAGCCGGACCAAGACCUGGAUCUGCCAGAUGCCUUCCCUGGUCUGCUCUCAGCCCAAGAAACAGACAACAGCUCCCAGAUAGAGGAGGACACAGACCACAACUACUACACAUCAAAGAGCUAUGGGCCAGCGGAUCCCACGAGCAAGGACUUGUGGGUAAAUAUUGACCAGAUGGACAAGCAGAAGGUGAAGAUCCAUGGGAUUCUGUCUAACACGCACCGACAAGCCGCGAGAGUCAAUCUGUCCUUCGAUUUUCCCUUUUAUGGACAUUUCCUGCGUGAAAUCACCGUGGCAACUGGUGGGUUCAUCUACACAGGUGACGUGGUCCACAGGAUGCUGACGGCCACCCAGUACAUUGCGCCCCUCAUGGCGAACUUUGACCCCAGCGUGUCACGGAACUCCACUGUCAUCUACUUCGACAACGGCACCGCUCUGGUGGUCCAGUGGGACCAUGUCCACCUCCAGGACAAUUACAACCUGGGCAGCUACUUCCAGGCCACACUGCACAACGAUGGACGCAUCAUCUUCGCCUACAAAGAGGUCCCUGUGGAGGUGUCAGUCAUCAGCUCUGUCAAUCACCCUGUGAAGAUUGGCCUCUCUGAUGCCUUUGUGGUGCUCCACAGGAUUCAACAGAUACCCAAUGUUCGAAGGAGAACAAUCUAUGAGUAUCAUCGUGUGGAACUCACCAAGACAAAGAUCACCAACUCCACAGCGGUGGAGAUGUGGCCUCUGCCUACGUGUCUCCAGUUCACCAGCUGCAGCGGCUGCAUCUCCGCCCAGAUCAACUUCAACUGCAGCUGGUGCCACCGUCUGCACAGAUGUUCCAGUGGAUUUGACCGUCAUCGUCAAGACUGGGUGGAUAACAGCUGUCCAGAUGAGACCAAGGACAAAACCUGUGACAUCAUCAGAACCACCCAGACCUAUCCCUUCACUACCACCGUGGUCGCCAUGACCACGGCUGCCCGCAGAGAGUCCACACUUGCAGGGGAGACAUCUUCUACAUCCCCCCCUCCAACCAGCGCCCCUACAGAAGAUGAUACCAAGAUUGCUCUGCAUCUUAAAGACAAUGGAGCCAUGCCUGCUGACGGCGCAGCUGAGCGGACCACGGGCGCACACCCCCUCCACACGGGGCUGAUCCUGGGUGUCCUCAUGGUGAUGGUCGUUAUGGUCGCCGGUGUCCUGGUCACCGUCUACGUCUACCACCACCCCACCUCCGCCGCCAGCCUCUUCUUCAUCGAGAGACGUCCCAGCAGGUGGCCGGCCAUGAAGUUCCGCCGAGGAUCGGGGCACCCGGCCUACGCGGAGGUGGAGCCCGUGGGCCAGGAGAAGGAGGGCUUCAUCGAGUCUGAGCAGUGCUGAGGGGGAUGGGGGGGAGGGGGAUGGGGGGUGGGGGGCAUCCACACACACACCCACAACCCUCUACACUCUAGACCCCCUGCCGCUUUCCUCCUCCUCCUCCCUCUCGUCCGCCCUACAGUGAACUUUCAUCCUGUACCAGUACUGACCCCAAAUGGAGGACCUUGACCUACUGCGCUGACUGAACGUAGACUUAGGCUGGUUCACCAAGUGGACUGCCAACGUCUGAGGUGUCGAUGGUGACGAAGUACGUGGGAAAAGAUGACCGUUCAUAAGAUUCACCUCACUCUGAGCUCCCAGGCUCUCUCUCCCUGCUUGCUGGUGGUGGUCUUCAGCCUUAGUGGACCUCCACAAUGCACCAGGAGAAGUCUGGCAGCCCAGAGAGCUGAUGUGAGAGGCCCUGAGGGACGCUCACUGCCAGGGGGACUGGGCUGCAGGAAAACUCAAAACUGAUUCUAUCUCAGCUCCAGGCCUCAGAGAGCUCCCUCUCCCCGCUGCAAGCG